GGUGAGCUAUGAGUGAGCAAUUUCAUUUUAUAAACUUUCUCUACCACGUUUUGGGCGUUACUUCAAAAUGGGCGUAACAUCUUGUGUCUCAAAGCUGUCAGUAAACUAUUUCGUGUGCCAAGUGUAAGCCAACAGUAGCCUGUAGCUGCUACUGCUGACGUGUAGACACGAUAGCUAUAUGUAGCCUACACAUGAAGAUGAGCUGUCACACCGCAAGAUAGCUGCACUCCAGGUAACUCCUGUGUCUAACAGUUGUGUCAGUUCCUCAUCCGUGCUCAGCAUGGCAGUGCAAGGUGUUUCACACUGGAUGCAAGUCUGCGUGGUCCUGCAGCUCUGCUUAUCUGAACUCCUGCCUGCUGCCUCUGGGACAAGCAGAAAUUACUAUGAUACUCUCAAUGUUGAGCAAACCGCAACUGACAACCAGAUAAAGAAGAAUUUCCGCAAACUGGCCAUAAAGCACCACCCCGAUAAGAACAAGAGCGCGGAUGCAGAGAAGACUUUCAGAGAGAUUGCUGAAGCCUACAAGGUGCUCUCCAACAAGGAGAAGAGGAGGCUGUAUGACAGCGUGGGCCAUGAGGCUUUCCUAAAUAAUGACGCCUCUGUUGACCCUGAGGAUGAACAAGAGGGAAACUUCCACUUCAGUUUUGCAGACCUCUUCCACAACUUCGAUGACAGUCCCUUUGUGGAGGAGCCAUACUUCCACUGGAGCUUUCAUCCGGAUGGGGAGGAUGAAGAUGGCUUAUAUGAACAUUACACUUUUGAAGAGCCUGGCUUCAGCUUUUAUUUUGGGGAUGGGGAUGAAUAUGAAGAAGAUCACCACUAUUAGAUAUCCGGUAUAUUUGUCCUGUAUCCUGUAUGACUGUUGUGUUUGAAUGUAUCGUCUUGUAUUGAUAAUAAAGUCUCCAUAUUAAAUUGUCA